CUCACAGCGUCAUGCGCACGCUCCACUUGACCUCCACAGCCUCCAGCCGGCCCCAGAAGAAGCGGUCGUUGAACUGCACGAACAGGGCCUGCAGGUCCGGGGUGGGGUCCGCCAGCUCCCAGGACGCGUCCACCAACGACGGCGGCUCCCGGGCCGCUGCGCGCUGCGCGACUCGCGCGUCCCACUCUUCCUGCAGCCGCAGCGCCACCACCAGGUCCUCUUCCAUCGCACUGCUUGCCGCCAGGACGCCGUCCGCUCGACGAAGCCGGAUCGGACGCGCGCGCGCCGGUCUCGCGAGAACUCAAGGCGGGCCGCGGCGCGAGCGCAGGCCCACAAGGACGCCGGGCCAAGACCUGGGGCUUGGCGAUCGAAAGCCGCGCACCGCCGCACGCACGCAUGCACGGGAUCCCCGGGCUAGGACACAGGAAGACUUUGGGAGGCGCGGUAUCGCCCUUACGGCGCACCGGGACCACACGCCACCCGCCACGCCCAACCCCCCCAACUGCUCCCGGCCGCGUCUCGCUUCCGCAAUGGCUCGUCUGCGCUCGGUCAGCACAGGCGCAGUGUGCAUCGCUUGGCUCCCGCGCAGGCGCAAUGCGGGGCGCUGGGCUCGGCGCAGGCGCCCUCGGCUCGCCCCCGUCCGCUCUCUUGGCUGCAAGGCUUGGCUCGGGUCGGGUGGGGUCCGGCGGCGGCCAGUGGUGGAGGUUGCGGGUGGCCGACGCGGGAGAGCAGCGACCAUGUCGGACAGCGGGGCCAGCCGCCUGCGGCGACAGCUGGAGUCGGGGGGCUUCGAGGCGCGGCUAUAUGUGAAGCAGUUGUCGCAGCAGUCGGACGGCGACCGCGACCUGCAGGAGCACCGGCAGCGCGUCCAGGCGCUGGCGGAGGAGACGGCGCAGAACCUGAAGCGCAACGUCUACCAGAACUACCGGCAGUUCAUCGAGACGGCGCGCGAGAUCUCCUACCUGGAGAGCGAGAUGUACCAGCUCAGCCACCUGCUGACGGAGCAGAAGAGCAGCCUGGAGAGCAUCCCGCUCGCGCUGCUGCCCGCCGCCGCCGCGGGCACCGCCGCCGCGGGCACCGCCGAGGACACGGCGGGCGCGGGGGCCCGGGACCGCCGGCGCGGCCCGACCAGCUUCCUGCCGGGGCCCGCGGGCGCCUCGCGCGAGGGCGCUGGCGAGGAGGGCAAGCAGCGCACGCUCACCACGUUGCUGGAGAAGGUGGAGGGCUGCAGGCACCUGCUGGAGGCGGGGCAGUACCUAGUGUACAACGGGGACCUGGUGGAGUACGAGGCGGACCACAUGGCGCAGCUGCAGCGCGUGCACGGCUUUCUUAUGAACGACUGUCUGCUGGUGGCCACCUGGCUGCCGCAGCGGCGCGGCAUGUACCGCUACAACGCGCUGUACCCGCUGGACGGCCUGGCGGUGGUCAACGUCAAGGACAACCCGCCCAUGAAGGAUAUGUUCAAGCUCCUUAUGUUCCCCGAGAGCCGCAUAUUUCAGGCGGAAAACGCCAAGAUCAAGCGCGAGUGGCUGGAAGUGCUGGAGGAGACCAAAAGGGCCCUAGGUGAGAAGAGACGGCGGGAACAGGAGGCGGCUGCUGCCCCGCGAGGGCCACCACAGGCAACUCCCAAGGCUGGCAACCCGUUCGAGGAGGACGACGAUGAAGAACCAGCGCUUCCUGAGGUGGAGGAGGAGAAGGUGGACCUCUCAAUGGAGUGGAUCCAGGAGUUGCCCGAAGACCUGGAUGUUUGUAUUGCCCAGAGGGACUUUGAGGGCGCAGUGGACCUGCUGGACAAAUUGAACCACUAUCUGGAAGAUAAGCCCAGCCCACCUCCUGUGAAAGAACUCAGGGCCAAGGUGGAGGAGCGGGUGCGACAGUUAACCGAGGUGCUGGUAUUUGAGCUUUCCCCAGAUCGCUCAUUGAGAGGUGGUCCCAAGGCCACUCGAAGGGCAGUUUCUCAGCUGAUCCGGCUUGGCCAGUGCACCAAAGCCUGUGAGCUGUUUCUGAGGAACAGGGCAGCAGCGGUGCACACUGCCAUACGCCAGCUUCGAAUCGAAGGAGCCACUCUGCUCUACAUUCACAAGCUGUGCCAUGUCUUCUUUACCAGCCUUCUUGAGACAGCGAAGGAGUUUGAGACAGACUUUGCAGGCACUGACAGUGGCUGCUACUCUGCCUUUGUGGUCUGGGCAAGAUCAGCCAUGGGCAUGUUCGUGGAUGCUUUCAGCAAGCAGGUGUUUGACAGCAAGGAGAGCCUCUCGACAGCUGCAGAGUGUGUGAAGGUGGCCAAGGAGCACUGCCAGCAGCUCGGGGACAUCGGGCUGGACCUCACCUUCAUCAUCCAUGCCCUGCUGGUGAGAGACAUCCAGGGGGCCUUACACAGCUACAAGGAGAUCAUUAUCGAAGCCACCAAGCACCGCAACUCUGAGGAGAUGUGGAGGAGGAUGAACCUGAUGACCCCCGAGGCUCUGGGGAAGCUCAAGGAGGAGAUGAGAAACUGUGGGGUCAGUAACUUCGAGCAGUACACUGGCGACGACUGCUGGGUGAACUUGAGCUACACGGUGGUGGCCUUCACCAAGCAGACCAUGGGCUUCCUAGAGGAGGCGCUAAAGCUGUACUUCCCAGAACUGCACAUGGUUCUCCUGGAGAGCCUGGUGGAAGUCAUCCUGGUCGCCGUGCAGCAUGUGGAUUAUAGUCUGCGUUGUGAGCAAGAUCCAGAGAAGAAGGCAUUUAUCAGACAGAAUGCGUCCUUUCUGUACGAAACAGUCCUCCCCGUGGUGGAGAAGAGGUUUGAAGAAGGUGUGGGGAAACCUGCCAAGCAGCUCCAAGACCUGAGGAGCACAUCCAGACUCAUCCGGGUGAAUCCUGAGAGCACGACUUCCGUGGUCUGAGGAUUCUGUUUCGUGAUGCUUCAAUGUGGCUUGUGUGUCAUUUAUAUUUAUGUUAAGUUACAUUAACGUAUUCCUUAUGGUCUCAGUGUGAAAAUGAAAGGUACCUCUUAGACUAAAUCAAAAGAAGAAAGAAAAUAUGCUCAUUGAAGCACAAAUGAGAAAAAUACUAGAAUUAUUAAAAUGUAUACCAUGCUUUCCUUUUAAAUUAUGGUAAUUCCUUAAUGAAUGUAUGUUGCUGUAGUACUUCAGCUUGUCUUUUGAAUCAAAACACUCUGUACAUUAUGCAGCAUGGAGAAAUGAGGUCUGUAAAGACAGAGUUCAAGGAUGUUGGAAGUGUCCCAGUUCACUAGAAUGUUAGGUUUCUUAAAGGGUACAGUGCCAUAUAAAACACCCUGCCUCAUGUACUUCUCCCUUUUAAACUGUAAUGAACAAUUUGGGGGAAAGAAAGGAGUUGGGAAAUUAGUUUUAGAGAAAAUUUUAGUCACAAGACUUCUUUCUUGGAACUAGCUCAUGUGUGGAUGUCAGACACUUCCAUCCUUACAGGGUACCAGAAGCAGCUUUAUAAAAAACAUUUGUACAUUCCCAAGUUUGUAAUUUGAGCUGAUUAAUUUGAGUUGCUGAUUAGCAGCUUUAUAAUAUUUGGUUGGGGAGCAUUUACUUGGAAAUCUAAAAGACCAUGAUAAAAAAAUUUUUUCAACACAUUUUGGAUUGUGUGAAAUUCCAGCUGAAGCUUUUUUGUCUUUGUCAUAUUAAAUAAAGUACUAACAACAAAAUACACACUGAGGAACCUGGCAGCAGUCAGUGACUUGAGACUUCUCGCUCCUUCAGUGUAGCUUAGAGUGGCUCCGUGUUCAGGCAAAUGGAAAAGUUUCCACCAGGAUAUUUAUUUAGCAAGGUAAGGUGGUGCACACUUGUAAUUCCAGUGAUUUGGGCGUCUGAGGCAGGAGGAUUCCGAGUUCAAGGUGAGCCUGGGUAAUUUAGUGAGACUUAUCUUAAAAAAUACAAACGGCUGGGGAUGGGGUCUGUGGUAAAGCAUCUGUGGGUUCAGUCCCCCAUACCAUACCAAAAGGAAAAAAUCUGACAAUACAGAUUUUUUUUUUUUUUUCCUUUUGGUACCAGGGAUUGAACUCGGGCACUCAACCCCUGAGUCACAUCCCCAGCCCUGUUUUGUAUUUUGUUUAGAGACAGGGUCUCAGGAUCUCUGAGUUGCUUAGCACCUCGCUUUUGCUGAGGCUGGCUUUGAAUUCUUCCUUUCUCAGCCUCCUGAGCCGAUAGGAUUACAGGUGUGCACCAGCAUGCCUGGCACAGAUUUUUUUUUUUUUUAAUUCUGUUUUUUGUAACAAAGUAGAGAACAAAGUUGAGAUUGGAUAUGCCCAAAGCACAGGGAAAAGGGACCCUGUGUAACUUCAGAAUGAUACGCACUGCAUUUUCUUGUUUUAUUUUUUAUUUUUAUGGCCUUUGUUUUUUAAAGGCCCUCAGAUUCACCCCCUCCCUGCCUUUUAACGCAGAGGCACCUAACCACUACAUCCCCAGCCCCUUUUAUUUUGGGAUAGUGACUCACAAAGUUGCUGAGGCUUGCCUUGAACUUGCCACUCUGUCUUAGCCUCCCAAGACACUGGGAUUUACAGGUGUGCACCACCACACCCAGCUAAAGGAUCUCAGAUUAUAAUGCUUACUUCAGAUUGUUUAGUAAAACAAAAAACUAAAGAAAUGCUUCUGUGGUGUGUUGAUCAUAUAUAUAUAUAUAUAUAUAUAUAUAUAUAUAUAUAUAUAAUACUUCUCCUGUUUUAGAGAAAUUGUGUUUGCUGAGACUCAUUUUUUUUCCCCCUAGCUUCUAAUUGUGAUUUUUGUCCCUAAGUCUUGUUUCUCAUGCCCAAGAUUUCCACAGGUCAUUCAUCUGGAUAAAUGGUGGUGUUGAAGCUGAAGAUUGUGUGAAACCUAAACAUGAUCUGAAGAGUGGCUCAGAGCUAUAACACUCCUUGACCUAAUAGCUCAAAAGCCAAAACAGCACAGUUUUCUUUUUAGCUAUCCAUAUUUAAAAGGCCGGAAAGUAGCAGAGUUACAGAUUGUCUCUCAUUAGUUUUUUUUUUUUUUUUCCACAUAACUUGGGAUUUUCUAGAUAACCAUAACUGGAUAUAUCAGCUGAACAGGCAGUUAUAAUUUCUUUUUUAAACAUCACUGGAAACUUGAAUUUUAUAAAAUUUUGUGAUUAUUAUGUGUCAUUUAGUUUCUGACAUAUAGUAUAAAACAUACUAUAUAAAUAUGUGACACUGGGUCUAUAAAAUACUUUUGAAAUGGAAAUUUAUCUUAUGGUAUGAAUUGUGAAUGUGUAUUCUCAUACAUAAAUGGUUGUUUCUUCAUCUGCUUUUUAAAGCUGGAAUUUCAGAAUUUUCUUUUGCAAAAGUCUGUGUGCUCCUCAAUCUGCAUUGUAGCUGGAGGAAGUAUGCUUCUGUGAAUCAACUGGCAUGGGAGGUGGACUAAAGCCACUAGGGUGGUAAUGCACCUUUGUGCCCAAACAGAACAAUUCAGGUUGUAUUCCUCAGAGUGCAGCCAGAGUGCCCCUGUUCUUUGGUUUCAUUAGAUUUCAAAAUAAGUUCUAAAAAUUGAAUGAAUUUAGAGAUUGUCCAGAAAGCUGCACCACUGUGGACUACCAUCUCUUGUGUACUUUGAGCAUACCUGUCACUGAACCUGGGAUCACAGAUUGAUUGAAUUAAUUGUUGGGAAAAAGACACCCUUGGAAUUUUAAUCUUUUGAUUAAAGCCUCUUUUCAUGUGUUAAAAACUUACUUAUUUUUAUACAAAACACUAUAGUUUAAUUAUCAGUAUAUGUAUCUUCAACUUGGCAUCUUACUGAGGAUUGGAAAUCUGGAACUUUACAUGUAGUAUAAAAUCCGUAUAUGCAUUUUGCUUUUGAUAUGCUGUGAUAUUAGAAAAUCUUAAGUGUUUUAUAAAAUAAAGCUUAAAAAUGUGCCUACACUGGAUAAAGUUGAUAAUCCAAUGUUAUAUGUAUUUUUCUUUAAUUGGGAUUUAAUAUGUUCUUUUAACUAUUCUUUGUUGUUUUUAUUUUCUGUUAUUUAUGUGGGAGGACCGAAAGCUGUUAGCUAAUUUAAAUAAACAUUCUGCUGUCAA